CGUACACCUUUACAAGUUUUAAAACUAAAUAUACAACCUUUCAAAACUUAUUUCUCAAUGUAUGAACACCUGUUUGCAGAAUCCCAUUUACAAGGUUUCAAAACCGGGAAACAAUGAAAUACACUGUUAGAACAGUGCCAGAUUUGAAACUCUGCAAAAGCGCUGGUGAAAUUGUUUGAACUUUGAAAAUGUGUUGGUGAAAAUGAUGAAGAAGAUAAAAUAGAACACAAAAUCAUGUUUAAAGAUGUUUGAAUUUUUCAGGUUAUAAUCUCUUUUUUCAGUGUUGCAAAACCUUUUUUACAAGGUGUUGAGUAUUCAAACCCAGACUUACAAGCCUUUGAAACUUUUUUUUUCAGGUUUGAAUUAUGGCAGGAAACUGGCUCCAUAGUUUUCGAGGAAAUCGCUGUGUUUCAAUCGUCCCGUGUUUCAAUCGACCCGGCUCGCCCUAUCACAUAACAACCUGCAAAUACAAACUUAGCAAAUAUAUCUUAUUUAAAUUGAACUUUCCCAAGUUCUCUCACGUGAGAAAACAUAGUAGGCAAGGCAUGGAGCUUUCAUACUAUUUCACAGCGCCUCAAGUUAAAACAACUGACAAUCAAACAGAACAGACAGUCAAGGCUACCAUUGUUAUUUCAAGCAUUGUACUUUCAUGUGCCUUUUCUCCAACAACAGGGAGCAAACAACCUAACCCCAGCACAACUCAGCUCUAGUCGACCAAUAUACUGAGCCACAUAGGCCUAUUCAAGUAGAACAUGCACUGGAUUAGGUUGCAUGGAGUACAUAGGCUGAUUAUCUGAACAAAACAAAACUCACACAGCUCAGAAUCACAUAGAUUAAUUACACAAAAGAAAUGCAUUUGAUAAUUAUCUGCUUCUACUGGACAAUGCCAACUAAAGGCACAGCUGUGUAUACAAUUAGGCAAUAUGCACUACAUCAAAUAAUAACGUUUUUGUGAGUCCCUCAUUCUUUGUGUCGUUUCACCUCCGUGUGAAAUGGAAAAAUGACUCAAGCAAACUUCACACAAAACGUUACCAGACUCGCCUUGCACUGGUUUCACCCAGGGAUAGAUAGUUUCCCAUUCGCCCUUAACCGGCGUAUGCGUCUUAGUUUGAUUGACAUGAUCAAACAGCGCGCCCCGCCCCCUGACGACAGUCCUCACUGCUAUCUCCGCACACAGCUAUUUGAUAAAUGCCAGAUCAUAAAAGACACAUUUCAAAAAUAAAUAAAUAAUCGAGUCUGACUGUCAAUAACAAUGCGGGACAACGUCUCAAUUUGCGGGACGUGUAAAAAGUAAUGGUAAUGCGUGACUGUCCCGCACAAAGCGAGACAUCAGUGGUCACCCUAUUCACAACUGAUUAAUAAAUUGAGAACGGACUAAUCAGCCAGCGAUAUCUUCAAUUGCUCUGGCUGGACGCACGCCUUCCUCGGGGACUGCUGGUGGCUUAUGGUGUCUGGGGAGAGGGAUUCUCUUGGAUAUGCAGAUGUUGUAAAGAACGGUGCACGCAGCUAUUUCUGUGCAGUGAAACCCUCCGGAUAACCCGACAGGCGGCCGAUCUGUGAACACUGAUCAUUUCGCGGGCUGUGCUUUGAAAUGCCCCGUUUGCAUAGAAGCGAAGCGCAAUGAGCAGUUACAAGGAUGGUGGUAGUGCUGCAUCGGAUUGGAUGCAGUUGCUAUAGAAACAGCCUGGAAUUUCAACUCUACGCCUGCCCCUGAACAGGCGUAGGAUUUACGCCUGGUCAGAGUGAAAAGAACGCUCAGCCCAUUUGGUGCAACCGGCCUAACGGUUAGGUCGGACUUAGAACGCCAAGUUACGACCAGGCGUAGUUAAGACCAGGCUAACGCCAAGUUGGUGCAACCCAGCCCAGUAAGUUUAAUAAAACAGUAGGCCUAUAACGUCUGUACGUUCGUGUUGGUCGUAACCAUGGGGAUAACACGCCCCCCUCUGUCUUGGAACUCAAACCAACAAAGCGCAUUUUGAAUUUAUUUCAAUGUUCGAAUUGCAGCUGAAACAAUGGGUUCACUGUCACUUUAUCUUUGUGCUAGUUAUAGGUAACCGUUGAAUAAGCUCUAUUUUAGGUUAUACAUAGUAGGUAGGAUGGGUCAUUGAUGUCGUGCGUAAUAUAUUGUGUUGAUGUCAUGAAUGGCCUGUAGGCGUUUUAAGAACCGGUUUUUAAAAAAUAGUUUUUUUUAAAACAUAUUUUUUUAAUUCAUUUUAAAAAAAAUAAUUCUGCCGCAUCCCCGGUGUCAGCGUCACCGUCCUGCAGGAUUGCCUCCGGCAGGAGGGACUCCUGCCGGAGGGACUCCUGCAGGAGUACCUCAUGCAGAAGGGACUCUUGCAGGACCUGCACCAGGCCCAGCCGGAGGCCAGGGGCCAAAUGGCCGAGGGUUCCGCCGGGAGGCCCCGAGAGGUGGUCUGCGACGUCUGUAUUGGGCCCGGGGCCCGCAGGGCCGUGAAGUCGUGCCUGGUAUGUCUGGUGUCGUACUGCCGGGCCCAUCUCGAGGGCCACGACAGUAGGAACCGCCUGAGGGGCCACAGGAUGGUGCCGCCUGUGGAGAACCUGGACGACAGGGCCUGCCCGAAGCACGGGCGGCCCCUGGAGCUCUACUGCCGCGACAGCGACCGCUGCAUCUGCGUGCUCUGUGUGGAGGAGGGGCUGGAGGUUGUUUCCGUGGAAACGGAGUGGGAGGAGAAAAGGGGCCAGCUGAACUACCUCGAGGGAGAGUUUCAGGGGAGGAUUGCGAGACGGGAAAACAAGCUGAAGGAAAUCCGUUCCUCGAUCAAGGAUUCCCAGGAUCACUUACAUAGCGAGAGUACGGAUAUCGACGGCAUUCUGUCAUCUCUCAUUUCCUACGUGGAGAUCGCCAAAAGACACGCUCUCCUGCCCAUGGACGAGAAGAAUCAGGCGAUGGAGAGGCAGGCCAAGGAAAUGAUGGAGCAGCUCAACAACGAGAUAGGGGAACUGAAGAGGAACAUCUCGGACCUGAGGCGCAUUUCUGACAUAGAGGAUCAUAUUGACUUCCUACAGAAUUUUCCAUCCACCAAGGUCCUAGAAGAGGAGAACAACCUAACAGAGAUAGCACUCGAUGCAUCCACCUCAUUCGGCACAUUCCGAAGUAUCAUAAAAAACCUGAUGGAUGAAAUUCUCGACAAACUGGAGUUAGUGACUCCAAUCGAACUGCAGAGGAUCGUGAAGUUUGCAGUGGACGUGAAGCUAGACCCCAGCACCGCUCACCCACGCUUAAUCAUAUCCGCUGACGGCAAGGCGGUACAAGAUGGCGGCGGGCUUCAAGUAGUACCCAUGGGUGCUCAAAGGUUCGACUUGUACUCAUCCGUCCUCGGCCGGAACCGACUGACAUCCAGCAAGGCCUACUGGCAGGUUGAGGUCGGCGACAAGUUGGGUUGGGAUCUAGGCGUAACGACGUCGACCUCUCAACGGAAAGGCGAGCUUGUGUUCAAGCCCGACGCCAACUACUGGGUGAUAACACAUUACGAUGGUGAGGGCUGGGUGGCAAUGACGGCCCCGCCCAAAAAGCUGGCCCUCAAAGCCAAGCCCAAGAUGGUAGGCGUCUUCCUGGAUUACGAGGAGGGCCUUGUGUCCUUCUACGACCUGACGUCCUCCUCGCACAUAUUCUCGUUCACGGCGUGCGUAUUCAGUGGCGAGCUCCGCCCCUAUUUCAGUCCCCAUAAUGAGUUGGAGGAAAGCCGGCCUCUGGUCAUCACUGCGGCCAGCUCUGGAAUGAUUACUAUGCUAGUGUAUACCAAAUAUCCUGUGUAAACAUAGAAAAUACACAUGGGGGGGUUUCAAACUGUGUCUCCACCCAUUGGUAGCAGUUGGGGAUUAUUAUGGUGGCGGGACGUUAAUUUUCAAUGCAAAUAUUCAUAUUCAAUGCAAAAUAUAUAAAGAUGAGUUUCAUUAUUAUGUUUGAAGACCGAAACCUGGAACAGUUUGACGAUGAAAAAUCCUGGAACAGUGUAACGAUGAAAAAUAUCCAUAGAGAAAUAACCACCACCUUUGUAAUGGUGAUGGGAAUGCGGUGCUUAUUAUAUUUUUGGGGUUCCGGGUCAUAAGCAGUGGUGGGUAAAGGCAUUUAAUCAUAUUGGAAAUGUUAUUCUACAUCAACCCUUGUGGGCAAGCAAGGUCUAGGUUCUUAAUAGUUUCAUAAUGACUUAAUGUCUUAUUGUUGGGAUAGGGAUUGUAAAACUUUGUUCAAUAUACAUUCCUGAUGCACUUAUUCACCUAAUGCAGUUUUCUAUGUCUAACGUGCAUCAAAUGUGACUAUACUUCAUUCUGUAAGUUUAUAGUAAAUCUGGUUUUUGGGAAUUUCCUUAAUAAAAUA